GGCACCCCCCUAAUAUAAUGGUAGUGGAAACUUAUCUUCGUAUUGGAAGUCUUGCGGUCAUGAUACACUGGAUACUGGCAUUUAGGGGAAUAGUUUACCAGACAGCACGUGCUUGAGAUGCAGAUUCGCUGAUAUGCGCAGUGUUACAUGUACAUUAAUACGAUGCCAUGUCAUGUAACCAGCUGAAAGGUCAGGAGGAGCAGAAGCUGACUGAAGGUGACGUUCAGCAGGUCAAUCACACUCCACGGCCUUCAGUCACUCCAAAGGGACAGUCACGGACUCCACAUACACCCCAGAGCUUCGGCACAAACGUGUCCCAGCUGUUGGAGAGUCAGGUCCGGGAGCUGGAGGACCGGCGAUCCUCCAUGAUGACCAUGGAGGUUCUGCUGGCGGAGCUCAAUACUGACAGAGCGGCCAAGGCUGAGGAGAUCCAUCGCCUCAAGGUACAGCUGAAUGAGAAGGAGAUCACAUGCAUAGAAAUUCAGACACUGCUUGAUAAGUUCUACAAAAUGCAAGGUCAGCCCCAUCCGACAACCGCAAAUAAUGGGUCUCCAGAGUGUCCCUCACGGUCUGGGUUCACACUGCCACUAAAGUGUUGUCUGCCCAGCAGAGAGGGUCUGCAGGACGCCAUCCAGCAGUCCAUCCUGAAGCAGCUGCAGGAGGAGAAGCAAGCCAAGAUCGCUGCCAUGGCGAAGCUCUCAGAAGCUGAGGAAAGGCUGCAGCGGCAGGACACGUCCCUGGUUCAGUCUCAGAGGUGCAUCCAGGAGCUCACGAAUGAACUGCGGAACCGCUGCCUGGAGCUCCGAGACAUGCACGUCAGUGCCCAGCAGCAGGAGAAGCUCCUGCAGGAGGUGGAGGUUCUAAGGAGGCAGGUAGACAUCCUGUCUGAAGAGAACGGGAAGCUAGUGGGUCAUCAGAACCAUCGUCAGAAGAUCGAAUACCUGGUGAAACUGAAAAAAGAGAACACGAAGCUGAUCGAGGAAAAUGAGCUGCUUCGGUCAGAGAUCGGCCUGUUGAAGGAAUCGCGAAAGGUGUGAUGCAGUGGAGCACACGGCCUCGACGCUGGUGGACGUCCUGCCUGUCUGAGCCGUGGGUCCCAGAAUGUGACCUGGGUCCCGUUAAUUCUGGUGCCACGUGAGACUCCCCUCACUUCUCUUCAGGUUAUUGACCCACCAGCUAUGUGGGUCUCGGGUAACAGUUAUCCAUCCUAAGGGCUCAUGUAUAUCUUGGAAAGUACUUUUUAAAUGACUGUUCCACUUACUGUAGAUCAUCUGAUGUAGCUGUGUCUGACAUGGGUCUUCGUAAUCCAUACAUUUCUGCCUCUGUCCACGUAAAUCUUAUUAUAUAAUUUUUAUAUGUGUAAGUCUGUAGUGUCUGCUUUGUUUUCCUGAUCCCCCCCAACCCAACCCAACCCCUUUUCUUGUUAAUAGCUUGAUCACACUGUAUUUGUUCCCAUGUUUUAUUUUUGUGUGGUGUUAAUGUUUGUACCGGGUGGUAUAUUCGUGGUCUGUCACUUUGCGUUACUGAAAAGCAUAUGAAUUCAACAUAUGAAUAAAGCACAGAAUGGCUUCCUGUGGUGAUGAA